UUUUCUGAGAGACUUCCCUAACUUCGGUUUUCCAAAUGAAAGGUGUAUUUUGGCGCGCAUGCGCACUUAGGUGGCAGGAGGGUACUUAAGGCGCGGCCACCAGAGCUGCAGCAUUUCGCCCAGCAACAGAUUCCAAAACCAGUAAACCUCUGCGAACCCUUGCUUUCGACCACCCACCCACUCUCGGAACCAUGGCUGCAGUGGCAGCAGCCUCGGCAGAACUGCUCAUCAUCGGCUGGUACAUCUUCCGCGUGCUGCUGCAGGUGUUCCUGGAAUGCUGCAUUUACUGGGUAGGAUUCGCUUUUCGAAAUCCUCCAGGGACACAGCUCAUUGCGAGAAGUGAGGUGUUCAGGUACUCCCUGCAGAAGCUGGUGCACACGGUGUCCCUGACGGGGCGGCAGGUGGUGGGGGAACGCAGGCAGCGAGCCCCCAACUGAGGCCCCAGCUCCCUGCCCUGGGCGGCCGAAUCAUCAAGUGUUCCUGUGCUUCUGGACCAGCAUGGGAGCUAGAGCCGCACAGGAAUGGGGGGUCCCCUGUGCUCCUUCGUCAGAGGAGCACUUGCCAAGGUCAGUGAGGGGCCAUUAGGCUCCCGGAAAAGCAGCACUGACAAUGAUGAAGAUAUCAGUUCCCUUCCUGGUCCCUUUGCCCCUGUCCCACUAACGGUGGGUGGGAGAGGAGGGGAAAUAGGGGAGCAACCCUUGAGAUAUGGGCAUAGGCACCACAUUCUAUCUGGAUCAAGUAGGGACAGCACCAUCUCAGCUGCACAAGAUCCUACCACGGAGAUCCAACACCCCGUCAUCAAGCAGAAUGGCCAUUCUGACAUCACCAGCUGAAGUCCUGAAUCUUGGUGUCAACUGUGUGCAGCACUGGGAGAGUGGAGGGCAUGGGUGGUGGAGGAAAAGGGUUAAGUGGGGCCUUCUUGCUGUCCCUUGCCUAUGGCAUGCAUAUUCCUGCCUUGCUCCCUCAUUCCCCCAUUCCCCUGCCUUCCAAAGCCCUCCCCAAAAUGUGUCAGUUGAUUCUGACCUAUUCAACCAGUAAUUGAAUCCCACCUUUACCAAAACACUGUCUCCAACUCCCGGCUCUUCACCGACCUUGCUUAUCCCUGGUCUCACGCAGCAGUUGUGGUCAAUACUGUGGUAGUUGCUAAUUGUACUGGUUUAAGUGUGCAUUAGUUGUGUCUCCCCAGCUAGAUUGUAAGCUCCUGGAGACAGGGACCACCUCCAC